AGAAAAUGAUGUUGAAUUGUUAGCUCGGCCAUGCAUAAUUUCAAGAUCAGUCGGCAGUAGUGUGCAGAAAAAUCACUAGAAUAAAUUUCAUUGUUGUUGACCUGAGGAAGGCACUAUAAUGGAUCUGAAUAACCAAGUAAGAAGUUUACGAGAGAAUCCUGCUAGUGCUGAAAUUAGUUCAACAUCGGUAACACCAGCCGAUUUAAUCCUUAGGCCUAUGGAGAAUGCUCUGCUUUAUUCUGGUUCAGUGUCUAACAAUAAUCUAGUCACCAUACAUCCUUUACCACCCUCCAUCAUUUUUCUUCAACCAGCAAACAUGAUAUACCCCAUACCCGGAUACACUAUGGCACCUGUAAAGUUCUAUGAAACGAAGAGUGUUUCUGGCUGCAAAAUGUCUACCAAAACGCCAAUAACGUCUCCAGGAUUUCAAAUUGAACCAAUUCCAAUCAAGAUGGUACCAAAUGUUCAAAACUCUUUUUCAUUUAACUCCUUAGGAGAAGCAAAAACAUUUAACUUGCCUGCUGACAAAAGUGUUGUUGGUUGUAAAAUUGUCAAAGUAAGCAGUGCUACUAUUGUUAAAGCUGUUGAUCAAAAGAAAACACCUUCCUCCAACAUGCAUCUAAACAUUUCUAGUCUUAAUGCAGUACCUUCUCUAGGUUCAGCUGAAGGAGUGUCUUCUUCCGGAUACACAGGACAGUGGAAGAAACUGGUUCAAAAGAAGGGUAGAAUAAGAAAAGCUUCACAAAGCAAGUCCAAUGUUGGUAAACCCGUUUUCUCUAGAAUUCCUGUAGAUAGCAAGACCUUAGAAUGGGUAACAAGGGAACAACAGUACACCAUUGUUGCCAACAUGUACCUCAACACCUGUACAUUGCAGCCAAAUAAGAACUCUCAGAUUUGGCCAAAUCCAAACAUGUCUCAUGGGCAGAAUCAAAGUCUCAGCUAUCAGAUCAGAAAUCAAAAUCUCGACCAACAGAAUUAUAACCAAAGUUUGAACUUUCAGAGUUGUGCCCAAAGUCUCAGCUUCCAGAACAGUAGUCCAAACCUCAACUAUUGUUUCAACAACCAAAGUCUCAACUAUCAGAAGAGUAACCAAAGUCUCAACUAUCAGAAGAGUAACCAAAGUCUCAACUAUCAGAAGAGUAACCAAAGUCUCAACUAUCAGAAAAGUAACCAAAGUCUCAACUAUCAGAAGAGUAACCAAAGUCUCAACUAUCAGAAGAGUAACCAAAGUCAAGACACAUUUAUCAGUUUUCCAAAACAGAGCACCCACAAGCCUGGUAACCAGCCCAACCAGAAAUUAAAAGAGUGGAACAAACCGAUUAUUAUUCAAAAGAAAACAGCACACAGAACCCCUUCUCGAAGUUUCUCCAGCCAGAAGACGUAUAGGUCCAAUAAAACAACUCUGAAUAACCAAUCCAACAAGGCCUCAAUCCUGAUCAAAUUUGGGCAAAAUGAUCUGGUUUUGCAAAACCCAAUGACCAAGUACAGGGAGAACACCUUCACUCAGUCUAGCAAGAUCACACUUCCUGAACAAUUAACCCAGAAACCUCAGAUUUACCAGCCUUGUAAAAACUUGCUAAUGAGUCAAACAAACCAAAACCAGCUCAUUUGCAAGAUUUACGAGACGGACAAAGUAAAGCAAGAGCAAUUUGUGCACUCCAUUAACAAUCAGAGAACCAUUGGGCCUUGCAAAAUUGAGAAUGGUAUUCCCGGUCUUGAUCUUGAUACAGACCUAGAACUUCUUCCAGAUCUGGCUAAAAUAUGUUCAGGUCUGUGUGAUCCUGAACUGGUGUACCCCUCCAGCCCAGUUCAAGUCUGCUCCAGGAAGGAUAAGAAGUCUGAGGGUGAGCCUGAACUACCAUUCUGUAUUGCAUCUCUUGAUAAACCCAUUCUAGACGUUCUUGGAGUCCCUAGCGUACUGAACCGGGAAUAUGAUCAGUACAUGGGAACAUCUGAUUCAUCUUUCACAGCAACCAGUUCAUCCAGUUCAACCAGUUCAAGUUCAUGCUCUUCAAUUUAUCGUCUAGUUUUACAAUAUGUUUUAGAAGAAAUAGAUCAGUAUAUUGUGGUCAGCCCAUCGAUUGUUCUUAAAGGUUUUUAUUAUUAUUUUACUGUGCACCCCGCUGCUCAGUUUGUAUUUGAUUUCUAAACCGGUUUUUCACAUUUCAAUAAUAAGGAUUAUAC